GCAGAUCCACGGAGAAGCGCUUCUGUCAUUGAACAUUUCAGAGGCAGCUAAGAUUUCAACUGGGGAAACGCCGGUGCCACCGCAUCAAGAGACAACACCUGCGCGCCCCUUGCCAUCCACAGUAAUUGCUUUGCACCAUGGGAAAUGGCAUGAACAAGGUUCUCCCUGGACUUUACCUUGGGAACUUCAUAGGUGAGCAGCACUGCUGAGAGCACCCAGAGAACUGUCUGAGCUGGAAAGUUACCGAUAGUCUGUGUUGCAUGACAUAUGCCAAAGAUUUGGAGCAACUGAGCAGGAAUAAGAUCACCCACAUUAUUUCAAUCCAUGAAUCUCCCCAGCCACUACUGCAGGAAAUGACUUAUCUUCGCAUUCCUCUGCCAGAUACACCCGAGGCCAACAUCAAGAAGCACUUUAAAGAAUGUAUCAAUUUUAUCCACUACUGUCGCCUGCAUGGAGGGACCUGCCUUGUUCACUGCCUUGCGGGGAUCUCCCGGAGCACCACCAUUGUUGUUGCCUAUGUCAUGGCAGUGACAGAGCUAAGCUGGCAAGAGGUAUUGCAGGCGGUAAGAGCAGUGCGACCGAUUGCCAAUCCCAACCCCGGCUUCAGGCAGCAGCUGGAGGUGUUCGGCCACGGCCCUGCACGAAAGAUUCACAGACACCUGGAGCAGAGAUAUGGAGCCAACACUUUCAAUGACGAGGAGGAGAUAAGGCUCCUGCUUCCAGCAGACAGAGAAGGCACAUCCAGGACAGAUGGACCCCUGCAGGGACUGAUGCCAAGGAGCAAAGACAUCAAGAACACAGUCCCCUUUCUGCUGCGGGUGAAGCAGACAUUCUCCUGCAUCCCCACCUGUUUGAAGUGAGUCCAGCUGAGGCACAGAGAGGAGGGAAGCAAGGCAUUCUGGGAAAGUGCAUAGCCUAACAUAUCAGACUGACAAACACCAAGGCCUGGAAAGGGACACCCCUGCUAUUGUAUGUCAGGGGAGAGGUACGGUCCAGUGGAGCAAGCACAGGCCUGGGAGCCAGGAACUCCUGGGUUCCCAUCCAAGCUCUGUUGUCUUCCUCUGUGGCUUUGGGCAAGUCACCAAACAUCUGCCUCAGUUUCCCCAUCUAACGUGUGGGGGGUUAAUUCUUAUGUUUCUAUUUCCCAGGCUGCUGUGAGGGUUGGUUAGUAAAUAUACAAAGGGCACUGGGAGGGUUAGAUGUGCUGACUAUCAUCAUCAGUGAACAGAUCGGCCUUGAGCACACAGCAUUGAGCCCCAGCUUACUGAGUCAGAUCAGAACAGCUGUGCAGGAGGGGAUUUUCCUGCCGCUAAGAGACUGUAUUGGAAAGUAGCAGCCAGGGAUGGACUUUGGCAGCAGAUUUUAAUACUUCAAUAAAUGCUGCACUGAACCCAUAAAAAUAAAAUGAAGUGUGGGGGCAUGUCUCUUUAUAGAUGAAACUUUUUCCAUCAGCAAGUGGUUUCCACUGUCCAGGGGGAUUGAUAAGAAGUGUGUGUGUGUUUUCCAUUAGACCCAGUACACCAGCCAGGAGACAGCUCUCAUGCAGGCAAAGGUCCAAAUGUAGGCAACAGGCUAAGUAGAAAUCAAGAAUGAACUGUGUGUUAACAGGGUUGCACUCCAUUUCCUCUGAUCCUGGUGUGGUCUCCCACAGGGGGCAAAUAAUAUUUAACACAGGGCUAGCUAUUGCUAGAGCUGAAUAUGAAGCCAUUUUGUUUGAAGACUUUUUACAUACGUAUUUCCUAAUAAACUUCUUCUCAGUG